AUGAAUGGUGACGAUCAAAGUGUUCCCACUACCACACCUACAUUAGACCUCCAAGCGCUCCUAGCCACCAUGCCUGAUUUCUCCAUGCUUCCAUCGCUCUCGAAUAUGCCCAAGGACUCCACAGCCACCACUGAUAUUCCGACAUCGCAGCCGAUUCUCUUCCCGCCAAUUCCGAAUGAUCAGCUGGCAGCUCUCUCGUUGGGCUUGUUUCCGUUACCAGGAUUUCCGAUGUUUCCGUUAUUACCGAUGACUCCACUCAGCUCCACUGUACCACCUCAUUCUACUAUUGAGAGUCUUGGACUCAUGACAAGCAGUGUUAGUGGAUCAAUUCCUGUUUCAUCUUCUCUUCUUGUUCACCAGAUUAUCAGCUAUAUCACGGUAUUCCAGAAUCUUCGUCAGAGAGCUUAUACGAUGGCACCACCAAGCGUAGAUUCUCGUCCACGAGCGUUUUCUAGCGCUGCUGCACUCCAACGUCCAAAGCAAGCUGCCACUCCUGAGCGAAGACGUAAACGAUCGCGUAAGGCUCAAGGAGAGGUGCACGAGUCUAGUGUACUUCGAAUGCUUGUUGACGAGGAGGACGAUACUCCAAUAAAAAUUCACCAACCCGCCACCAGAGAUCUGGAUGAAAAACUUCGAAUGGACGCUGCCAAAGUACUGAAUGAGAGCAAUCCGCCAUUGGCGAAGAGGACCUCACCUGAACGUGCUGCCAAUCCGGCUGAAGGGCAAUCACCGUCCAGAUUCGCCCUCCGUCGAAUUAUUCGUGACGAGGACCUGCCAGAUUCGAUCGGACCCGACUCUCCGUUUCGUCAUCAUCCAAAAUACCAACGCAAACAGCACGACUCGGAACUAGAAGUGAUCGACGGUAUGGAGGCGCUGACAGCGUUCUGUGUCGUAAGUGGCUACGUUCCAGAAUCCAGCGAACCGGGAGCAUCACCAAAAAGGGAUUCCACUAGUUACACAGGCACAGUGUCACCAAAGAAAUCCUUCAACGAGAUGAUGGAGCAUGCAAUAUGCCGUGAACUUGUCACCGCAGAGUAG